ACUAAGCGAAACAAUUAAAUAGGGACCGUUGACUCGUGUCGACGAGUAUCCCAUACACGUGUUAGAAGGAAAUCUGUGUAGAUCAUAUGACUAUUUGAAACGCAACGUUUUCGCCUUCCCUGGUGGCCAGCCAAACCUAGCAAGUAGCAACUCCAGAGAUUGAAGGAAGCGAGUUUCUUACUUGCAGAACUCCAAACUGUAAGGUGCUUGACUUUGAUUUUAUGCAAACUCAGCAGCGUCGUUGUUCUUCGUAACUGGAAUACCCUACACAAAAAACAAACGAAAAAGAAAGUCUUUUUCAUUUGGGUCUUUGAGAUUUUCACAUUCUUUUUCUGCAGAAGGAUUUUUUGGUGCGCUUGUUAGGGCUUAUGUUUAUCUGAGCACAAUAAAAAUACUUACUUUAUUCAAAUUUGAAGAAGGAAAAAAAAAAAAAAAAGGAAUUUUUUGGGCAAUGAAUCGUCGUUAAAGGUGUUGAAGUAAGCUAAGAAUGGAGUUAUCAGAAGAGUGGAAAUCUCUGUUCCCAAUUUCAGCUGUUUUCAGACCUCCAUUCCUUCUCUCAGGUCCUUCUGCUAAACCCAUCUUGGGUCCACUUUUCUUCAACCCCGUAACCAAUACUAUAAACCCUAUAUUCUCCUCCCCUUCUCUUCUUCCUCAAUUUUCUCCUCUGCCUCGCCUUUCUCUUCCACGUUUCCUCCUUACCUCCUCUUCUCAUUCCUCUCCUCUACCAUCCACCUCCUCCUCCAUUGCCUCCCUUUUUGGCAACCAAUACCAUCGGAAUGGCACUUCUACUUUCUCACACAAUCGUCUUGAGAUUCUUCAUUGCCAUGGUACAAAUAGCUUCAUUCUCUUCUUUCCUGCUGGUGAAAACUCUGACCAAGUUGGGUUCAUGCUCUUGACCAUGAAAGGUUCGACCUUGGAUGUUAGGGUGGACAACGAUGGUGAUUUUUUUACUGCAAAAUGUGGGUUUAGUUACCGGAUCUCAAGGAUUUCAGUUAACCCAGUUGCAGAUUCGGAUUUUCAAUCCAGAACAGGAGCUAAUUUGUCUUUCACUGUUGGAUACUUGUUGGCUUGUACAAUGUACUCUGUCCAUUGGUUUGUCGUGAAAUUUAGGAUGAAUGAUUUGGAUGAAGAGCUACCAAGUUUAGCUGUUAUGGGUAGUAAGGUUUUUAAGACCUGCCCUGUUGUACAUGCUUGUUGGAGUCCACAUAUACCGGAGGAGAGCGUUGUUUUGUUAGAGAGCGGUGCGUUGUUUUUGUUUGAUUUCGAUUCUUCCUCGAAAGCAGAAAAUUUUAAUGCUUAUUCCAAAGGCACUAGGUUAAAAGUAUCCUGGGAUGGUUAUGGUAAUAUGGAAAAAGUCAAGUGGUUGGGUUGUGAAUUCAGUUGGCAUCCUAGAAUAUUGAUUGUAGCACGCACUGAUGCAGUUUUCUUGGUUGAUUUGAGAUUUGAUGAAUGCAUUGUUAGUUGUUUAGCAAAGAUUGAGAUGCUGCAUAUGUAUACAUCUAUUGAAAAUGAACGGUUCCUUGCUUUUGCAAAGGUGGAAUAUGAUGGUUUUCAUUUUGUUUUGGCUUCUACAAGUUUGUUACUUCUUUGUGAUGUGCGCAAGCCAUUGAUGCCACUGUUGCAAUGGACUCAUGGUCUUGUCGAACCAUGCUACAUUAAUGUAUUUAGAUUAUCAGAUUUGAGGUCCCGCCCAAAGGAUGACUUGUAUAACUGGGCUUCUGAGUCAGGUUUCUGCAUCAUAUUGGGAUCAUUUUGGAAUUGUGAAUUUAGUCUCUUUUGCUAUGGACCUUCUUUCCCAGCCUCAAGUGGUUCAGUUGCCGCUGAAGUAGCAGAAUUUUGCAAAUCCUUUUAUGCAUGGGAGCUCCCGUCAGAUCUCUUAUUGUCUGGUCGUGAGUGUCGCUGUGGAACUUGUCUUGUAAAAGAAGAAUUUUCAAAGGAUGCUCUUCCUGAAUGGGUUGACUGGCAACAAAAAAAAGAUAUAGUUUUGGGCUUUGCCAUAAUAAAUAACGAUCUAUCUGCUUUGCUCUCUGAGCCAGAUGAAUUUGGUGGUUUUACUCUGAUAAGACUUUUGUCUUCAGGGAAGCUUGAAUCACAACGAUUUUCUGCCUCAUGGGAUCCUUUAAAAAGGUUAGAAGAUUUCCAUGGAGAUUUGUCAAAAUUUGAGAAUUCUUUAUUUUACUCCAUCUGUAAUGAGAAAUAUAAAUUUCGACGAAUAUUUCAGUAUAUUGAACUUGACUACCUUUAUGGUUAUCUGAAUGGUAAUCUUGAUGAAGUUCUAAUUUCAAAAAUGAAAAGUCAUCAUUUGGGCCCCGAACUGAAAGACUCUUUUAGCCCAGAGUUUCAUCAAAUAUUGUGUGAGAAGUUGAAUUCGUGUGGGUUUGGUCGGUUAAGAUCAUCUCCUGCAAUUACUCUCGUUUUUAAUGAUAUCAGCUUGCCAUCAAGCAUACAUGACAUUGCUUUAAGGAGAUUGUGGGCGGAUUUGCCCAUGGAAUUUUUACAACUUGCAUUUUCUAACUAUUCGGAAUUCCUUGAAGUACUUGUGAACCGUAACAGGGUAUCUUUGGAAUUUUUGGCUGUGCCAGACUUAGCUCAGUUGCCUCCUUUCUUUUUAAGGAAGCCUUCAUGCCGCAGUAACAAGUGGUCAGAGAAAGUGAAGCAUAGUGAAGCCCUUGUUGGUCCUGUACUUCCUCUUCCAAUGUUGCUGAUGCUACACGAUCUUCGUAAUGGCUGUCCCAAUUCAGAAGAAGAUUCAAGUAAAUUUGCGGUAGAGGCAGAACUUCGACUCCAAUGCAAUGAGGUCAUGCAGGUAGCACGUGAAAUAGCUGCUCAGGGUGCUGCAUCUGAGCUUGAUGAUGAUGGUGCUGUCUCCCUUGCUGAUGAUAAAGAAGACACCUGGGUUGGCUCGCAGCAAGCAAAACGUUUCCUUUUACACCAUCCCACCGCGUUCAACAGCACUUCUAUGGAUCGUACGGAGGGAAAAUCUGUUUAUAAGGAUGAUGCAUUUAAUACCUUGAUUUCUAAAUUGCAUAAGCGUACCUCCAGUGACAAUGAAGAGUCUGUUGGACUAGAAAUGUUUGAUGAUCUUUGUCCUAUUCUAUUGAGGUUUGAUGGUGCUUCUGAUCCGAGGUUUGAGUCAAAGGAACUGAAGGCAUACAAAUUAUUGAAGAAGCAAUUCUCAAAAUGGCAGGGCAAUUUUGAUUUGUAUAAAGAUUUUUGCUCCAAGUCCAAAUUACAAGCCUAGUUUUGCAUGAUUCGUCAUUCUAUACCGGCCCAACCAGAGUUUGGCUAUUUAUUUAAGCCUCACUUUUAGUUUGUUAUUUGGUUUACUUGAAUUCUUAGAUUUAAGAAGAGUUCAAGAAUAUAUUAGAUGUAACAAAGCUAGAGUCAAGUUGUACAGAAUAUGUAAAGAGAUAUGACUAUAUCAAAAACUAGUUGCUAUUUACCUAUAUAUACGAACAAAUUAUCUUUUUGUGGGAUU